AAUCAUUUGAGUAGGCUCAAGUUAUCAGAUUCGACUCGGACAUAUAUACACAUCUCUUCUUUCUCCCAAGAGUGAGUAAAUUUCGAAGGUCACCUGGUAUUCUCAUAGCUUUGUCAAUUCUUUCACUGAAUUUGUUGUACAAGUCCAGGUUUUGGAUUAUGGAUUUAUCGCAGCCGAGAAGGAUGUAUCCAGGGAUGUGGAGGUAUCCUAAAAAUCAUGACAUGUGUUGUAUCUACAGAGUCCCGAACUGUAUACGUGAAGUAAACCCAGAAGCUUACACGCCUCAACUAGUCCUCAUUGGACCUCUUCACCAUUCAUUAAAAUCUCAAGCUCUUAAGGCUCUUGAUCUUCUUGGAGAUAUCACAUACACAAAGUCACUGGGUUACUUAAAUAUGGAGGAGCAUAAGAAAGUUUACCUAACGGAAUUCGCACAAAGGGUUGAAGGGGAAAAGACCAUCAGUGAACUAAGAAGAAUGAUCGAAGAAGAGGAAGAGGCAAUAAGGGAGAACUAUUCGGAAUCAACGGCAUGGAUUAAAUCUACAGAGUUCGUGGAGAUGGUCCUGCAUGACUCUGUUUUCAUAAUAGAGUUCAUACUGAGGCAUAUGGAAACAGAACCAGAGAUUACAGGUGAUCCUCUCAUGGUCGAGCCUUGUCUUGAAGACACGGUCAAGGAUGAUCUCAUCUUGCUCGAGAACCAACUUCCUUACGUCAUCCUUGAGAAACUCUUUGAUCCAAUCGUCCCAAGAAUCUACCCGCACCAAACAUUCCGGAAUCUAAUCAUAGAAUACUUCGACUUCCAAGGUAAAAUCGGAGAGAAUUCCAAAUUUAGACAUUUAACUGAUCUGAACAGGUGUGUUCGCGUGGAGACACUUCCUAAGCAUGAUGAAGAGAAACGUAACCCCAUACAACAUAUGUAUAAUGCGGAUAAGCUAGAUAGUGGGGGAGUAACACUUAAGGCCCUAGAAGAAGAGUUGUCGUUGGAUGUGAGAUUCGAGAAUGGUUGUUUGAAGAUGCCUUGUCUUAGGGUUGUAGAUAAACUUGAGAUGGAACUGAGAAACGUAAUGGCUCUUGAGCAAUGCCAUUACCCUUACAAUGCCCUCGUAUGUAACUACGUCGAUUUCCUAGAUUACCUCAUUGAUACUGAUAAAGACGUUGACUUGCUUGUCCAGAAAGGAAUCAUAGAGAACUGGAUUGGGGAACCUGCUUCAGUGGCGCGAAUGGUAAACAAGCUCGGGUUGGGAAUCUUAGAUCAUGGCAGUUACUAUUAUGAUACGGUGGUUAAAGUCAACGCGUACUAUACAGACCCGGUGAAUAGGUCAAUGGCCGUCCUCAAGCGUGUGUAUUUUGGUAACCUGUGGACAGGGACAGCCACCAUUGCAGCUACGUUUCUAUUAGUGAUGUCACUCAUCCAGACUGUGGCAUCGAUCAUUCAGGUUAUGCAGAACGCAUCUUAGAGAUGCCGUUGCAUCUCUCUAUCUCUAGUUUGUUUCCGAUUUUCAACUUAAUCGUGGGUACUACGUACUUCUAAAUAAUCUUGCAGAUCAAUAAUCAGUCUUUUACAGUUCAAAAAAAAAAUAGUCUUCUAUCUUCUCCAGCUCUCCUUCAAGAUAGUUGAUAUGUAUCACAAACCUUCUAGCUCUCUUUUAAGAUAGUUGAUAAUAUGUAUCCUAAGGCUAUUAUGGCAAUGGCAUAAGACGUUCUGAUAAACUUUAAAUGGUAUUUGGUUGUUGUUAAAUCUCUGAACUUUAAAGGAAACCCUAAUUUAACAUACAACCUUGUACCAAAUCAAC